GUUAUGCAACCAUUCUCACAUCACACGUUCCAAGUGGCUAAUUAUUGUUAUUGCAGUCUCUGAACCUUGACAUUCAACAUUCACUUUGACUCUGAGCCAAUUUUAGUGAACACGAAGUCGAAAGAAUGCCACGUUUGCGAUGUGUUCGAGGAUUCAAAGUAACAAACGUCAAACGAAGUCGUCUAGUUGGUAUCGCUUGUGAAACACUUCAACAGCUGAAAUCCAAAGGAUGUGAAAAACUUCAAAUUUCCAAAACCUCCAAACAUAUCGACGUCUGCCUUACCGAUGGAACCAUCGUCGACGACGAACAAUUCUUCAAACACAUCCCCAAUCAAACCAUCUUGAUUCUACGUCAACCAGGAGAAAGAAUAGUCGAAGACGUCGACAUCAUUUACAAAGCGUUGAAGUCAUUCAACGUGGAUCUUCUGAGAACAGCUGCCGAACAUGUAAGGCCAUUUCUAGACCAAGAUACCCAAGAGAAGAUUAAAAUUUUAGCUCAAUUUGUCAAAGAUGAAGAACACUCGAAGAAAGCUGCACUGAGCAGGAAACUUGAUCAUCCGGAAUGGUUCGAAGAUUUAGAAACGUACGCCGAAACCAAAGAAGACUUUAUGCGAAAACGAAGUCGCGGUCGAAUCCAAAAAUACCUCUACAACACCAGAGAAGCCAUCAAGAAUUCGCCUCUAUACUGCAACGAGACGAAAAAAAAUCUAGACACGGUAUUCAGCGAAUUUCACGCGAAACUGAAACGAGAUGAUUUCUUCGGUGGCUAUUUCGAUCGUUCAGACAACACCGGGAAAUCGAUGUGUGAUAAAAUUGGCGAAUUUCCGUGCCAAGGAUUAUGGAAUAAAGAGAACUGUUCUUAUUUGGGAAACGAAUUGGGUAACUUGCAGCAUAAGAUCAAUCCUUACGCUAGUCGAGAAAAUAGAGUUAUAUUUUCAAUGUGGAAUUUAGAUCACAGAAUAGAAAGAUCUAGAAGAGUAAUUCCAGCGUUGAUGCACGCCGCCCAAAUAUGUUGUCAAAAAGGGAAGAAAUCGUAUCGAGUCAAUUCGCUGUAUUUCUACGAACUUCUGUUUACGACGAAGAAUUUGAAACUAGUUCACAUCGUUUGUCACGACAAGAACGAGCAUAGGUCAGCUAUUUGCGACAGAAAACGUUAUGUCAACGAGAUGAACAGCUCCAUCAGUGCUGAGUUGGAAUCUCCCACUACAAAGUUUUGUGAUGUACCUAUCCACAAAUUAAGGAAUCUCAUUAAAGAUGGAUAUGUAUUUUCCAUUGUUCGGAGAAGUCCUUGAAAGACUCGUUAUUGUUUUGACGACAAUUAAUUAUUUUCUUUAUCAUAUCAUGACUCGAUACCUUAGUGAGAUAAGAUUGCAAAAAUGUUUUAAUAGAUUCGGAAUUUUCUUUGACCUCGCGUUCUUUGUAAUCUUGUUUGGCCCGACGAACAAUGAGUGUGGAAAUAGCGAUAAUUAAAGCGGUAUGGUAUUCAAGCGGAGUAGUGUUAAGUGCGAGACAGGCUUGUGAGUAGAAGGUUUCUGCAUCUUCGGCAUUACCAUCAAACUCGAAUAAAGAAAUCAUUCUCAUGCCUUUAGUGACGAUGAGAUCUUCGAGCUGAUAAGCUUCGAGAGGAGACAUACCCGCAGUACUAAUGACUGGGGCUGACGUGGAAGAAGGAGUUUCAUUAGUUUUAGUCAUAAUGAAUAAUAAAAGAUAAACUUGAUAGAUUUCAAAAUGUAGAAAGAAACUUGAUGGAUUGCAAAUAAUCUUGAUGGAUUUCAAUUGAUUGGAAUCUUUAUGUUCCCUUGGAUAGACCAGGUGUUCCCUCAAGUGUGGACUGAAACCAAGUUUGAGUGGAAGUGAUGGCAGAGAUUCGUACGGACUGGAACCGAAUAGAGUACAGGGCCCGAAAAAGUAUUUAAAAGAUUAAAAGAUUGAAAAGAUAGAAAGAUCAUCUGCGAGACAGAGGUAGACGUGUUGCCCAAACGAAUGGCUGUCCUACCAACUGCGCCAAUUUUUGUUACAACUUUAACAAAGAUUGUAUUUUUAAAAAGAUUUAUUUGUUCGGCUCCACAUCGGAGUCCGAACCACACAAGUUAAAGUUACAACAAAUGAAUACAGACAAAACUGUAUCUGAUUAACAUAGAAUAACUCUAGAAGAAGUCUGCCUAUACAUGUGGAAUACACGAGUAUAUAUAGUAUAAAGGUAGGGGAGUAUAUUAGUGAUUAUGAGAGGAAAUAUAGUAUGAGAAACAUAAACGGUUAAAGUAGAGACGUGUGCAAUAUUACGUCAUUCUAAUAAUAAAUAUAACGUCAUAUAAGCGGGAGUCUUCGUGAUACUUUGGGAAGACUUAGGAGAAAUUUAUGUCGUAGGAGAAUCAGCGUAGCUGGGGCGAUAACAGCAUGCGAAGACCAUCAUUAUGGUUGCUGCAAGUACUUGAUUUGUUCCAUCAGUAGAUUUAGAUGAAGCUGGGUUGUGUCAGGGCUCCUCUGGAUCACACUGAUGGCAGGUGUUGCUGGUUUGUUCGGAAUUGAAUCGCUGUUGAAGUAAUUCAUCAUUCUAUCUGCGGUUUUGGCGAGUUUUUCAACCUUGUCUUCAGAGCCAGCCAAGAGGCCAAGACAAAUUGAAUUUGCUGAGGAAGUAAUUCGAGGAACAUUGGGCACAGGAAUUCAUCCUGCAUUUUACCUGCAGAUAAUGCUCCUAUCCAUUCCGGAACUCUAAUCUCACUAGGAUUGAUCCGAGUAAUCGUUAUUCUACUUGUGACAUUUCUGUAGACAUAUAAUGAAAAAACAUUAAAAGGUAAUCAUAUGAUAAUUAAACAUUUUAGUUUAGUAUCUUGUUGAAAGAUCAUAAAGUUGUAAUUCUGUUCUUUCUAAAUGAUCUUAGGCUCUGUAUUCUUUCAACGUUAUGCUCAUAACAUUUUUUUUUGUAACUACGUUUUUCAUACCUGUCAAAAAAAUUUCACAUUUUUAAAAUGUGGGUCUCAAAAAAAAAAUAUAAAUAAGUAAAAAAAUUAAAAAUUAUGUACUCAUUGUUAUAUUCCAAAGCUCCAGCCACUGUUUCUUCGUCUACCUCCGAUUUUUCUUCAUUACCCCAGAUGUAACCGAUAAUUCAUCAUCCUUUUCUGAGUACGUAGUCUGACAUAAUUGCAAUGGAACAAUAUCAUCCUCAGAAAAAGUAUCCUCCAUGGAUAUGUCAUCUUUAAUCAUAUAUAAUGGAAAUUUAUUGUUAAAAAAUAAGACAUUUUUCAUAUUUAAUUUUAUUUAAAAAAGCUCACUUUAUAAGCUCUGUACUUACGCAGCCUCUGUUACUGCCUCAUGUUGACCAAUGUUCACAUAUUGUUUUUCCGCGCUUUCAUACCCCCAAUAUCUGCAAUAACGAUUUGGGGUAUCGUAAUUCCUAAAAAAAUAUUCGGUAAUAAAUAAUCAUACUACUUUAAAAAAAAACAAAACUGUGUAACAGUAAUAAUUACAUGUACUGUGACAUCUCUAAAUUUAAAAAAGUAAUAUUACAUAAAAUAAUUAUUUUCAUGAAUAUACAGUGUGGUCCAGUAGCAAGGUAUCAGUUCCUCGGAAUUCCAGCUUUCAACGUUCAAAAGUUAUUGGAGUUUAAUGUUGUAGCAACGCGCAACAAUAGUAGGUCUACUUAUCACAAAGAUGUAAACAACAAGUAAAACAUUACGUUCCCUCACUUUGUAGAACUUUCAACUGUAGUAACUUUUGAACGGCGAAAGCUAGAAUUCCGAGGAAAAAAUCAAAAGAAAGCGUAUAAAAUGACGAAUACUUUGCUAUAUAAUAACACUUACGUGUUCGUUGAAAACAUUGAGUAAUUUCAAUUCCAAGUAUGGUUUUAGCUACGCAUCUCUUGUUUCUAUAGCUUUGAACUUGGAUAACUUUUGAAUGGUUAAAGCUGUAACUUUCAAUGAACAAUCAUAUUAAAGAGGAUAAAAUUUUGAAUAUUUUACAAUGCUAAUUCAUUAAUGGUUUCACUACAAUUUCAGAGUGAUUUUCAUUUAAAGUCAAGGUAUACACAAAAAUCUAGGAGGGAAAACAUUCGUUGAAACGUUCAUAAGAACACAAAAUUCAUAAAACCUUAUACCAAUCAAUAGAAAAUUUAAGCUCCUUCAAUUUAUGACGUCUUAAAAAUUCAUCAAAACAUUUCUUUUUUGAGAAAAAUGAAAAAACUACUGAAUUUCAUUUUCCCCUCCAAGUCCGAAUGCCCAAUUUAAUUCUCAUUCUACGUAAUGCCAUCCGAUCAUCACUGGAAGUAUGGUUUGUCCAGUAAAUGCGGAAAAACUAAAAGACAAAAUUUUCGGAGGAUGGUACCAUGCUACUGGGUCACCCUGAACAACAACUUACUCAAUCUUUUCUGUAGGCCUAAUGCCUAUGUGUUGCUUUGCCUUUAAGUACUGAGAAGGUAAAUAAUUCUUACACUACACCCCACAAUUUACCUGAAAAUAAUUUUCGCCCUACCAUGAGGCUACUCCCACAUACUUGAACUUAGGGUAUACCUGUUUAAUUGCCACUUCUACCUGAGGGUCUCAGGGUUACCAUAACCAUGAUAUCUGUUAGGUGUUUCAAUGUAAAGUCUAUGAGAAAAUAACAUUAAUUAAAAAUAAAAUGCAUAAGAAUUAUAAUAAUAAUGGUACACUUACAAAGGGUCUGCUGUUGUUUCGGGAGUAGGGUACCGAUGAUUAUUUUUUUUCCAGCAUUAUCUGAGGUCAAAAUACCCUCCUCUGUGGAUAUCUCAACAGUUGAAUAGCUUUAUAAAAAGGACAAAUUUAUUUUUUUCAAAAAAAUGGAUUUUUUUUAAUAAGCAUAUUUUUAAAAUGAAAUGGAAUAAUAUUAUUACUUUUCCGGAGUUGCUUCCGAUCCUGAAUACACUACUGCUACAUAUUCCAUGGGAAAGAUUUCACUACACAUUGAAUCAGAUCUGUGUCAUGAAAAAUAAAUUUUAUUUUAAAAAUGGAUAAUAUUUUAAAAAUAAAAUAAAAUAAAAUAAAAUAAUACACAUUCCAUUAUUUCCAGCUCAUCUUGUUCAUUUAUUCCAAAACAAUGUCCAAUCAAGGCAUUUACUACUUUACUAAACACACACAUUUUCACAAAAAUAAUAUCCAAGUUAUUUAAUUAAAAAUCUGAGAUUACCUACUUUGGUAAUUUAUUCAAACUUCAAGAAAAUCAAUCACAAUUUCUAAAAAACCACACCCUGGAGGAAUUUAUGGAAUUUAUCAAUAAUUUGAUUUUUUUAGACUUGGUCAGUAGGUCAGUAUAACACCUAAUUCAAUUUUUUUAAUUUUUAAUUUUUUAAUUGGGUAAUUACUAUUAUUAAUAUGGUUUAUUGAUAGUAAUGGAUAAUGUAAAAAUACACUUUAAGGGGUUAAAUGAGUAUAAAAUAAUUAUAGGAUUAUUUUAUAAUAGAUACAAGCACAAGCUUCUACCUUACGAUGCGCGUUAGUGAUAUAAGCAAUAAUUAAUAUUCAUUAAUGGAUAUGGAAGGUAGGUAAUUGCUUACUAUUGAAACUGUACACAUUUCCUAGAAAAUGUGUGAUUAAUUAUGGUGAAACUACUCACCAGGCUCACAUAAUGUCCAAGUUUUCUGUCUCUUUCACGGGAGCUCACUAAUACUAGGCUCGUCGACAGAAAUGUAUUACACGAGGUACCCUUUCAGACGAGAAGUAUUUCCGAUGGCUGAUAGGAUCGGAGAAAUACCCAAUGAAAAUGCGAUUAAUUACGUACGAUAAUUUAAAUCACAAGAGAAGAUCAUAUUAACCACUAAAGAAGUGGGCGAUAUCUGAGAAAAAGGGGCUGAGUGUCCCACUAGGGGGACCUCAUAUGCCUACUCGCAUCUACAUAAAGUCACUUUUUGACCAAAGAACCAGCUCACCGGAUUGCCGAGUCCAAAGAUGGUUUGGCUCGCGUCCUCAACGCCUUAUAUACUUGUAGACGCAUUGUUCGAUGCGUUUGCCAGGGAUGACUACGUCAUGUAAAUGUAGUAGGAGUUAUCACAUUACCAUACUUGCAGUUGUGAUAUAGUUAGAUCAUUUUUAGGAAAAUUUUUUUAGACUAGGGAAUGUUAGUGAGCGGAAAUAGGUAUAGGAAAUUUACAUAAAGGAUAAGUGGGAUGGGUUUGAUAGGAACAGAAAACCUACCUAUAUCUACAUAAUUUAAUGCUCUGAAUUUAUGAAGAGAACUUUCAAGUAAUUCCAUUACCAAAGAUUGGGGAAUAAACUAUUUACAAAGUAGACAGAGUCUACGAUCACGUUACUACAGUUUUGGACCAUGUCCUAGUAAACAAUUCGAAUAUGUAAUUAGAAAUUACGAUCAAUUAACUACUCAAGUAGGAAUUAGAUGGUUAUACUUGUAAAUCUAUCCAUAGAUUAUUUGUAAUUUUUUAAACUAGGUCUAUUUAAAUCCUUCACUGGAUUAUCUGAAUUAUUAACUUACAAACUAAACCAAUACCUUGAUUAUCUCAUUGCAAAUUAAUACAAAGUCUUUUUCCUAGACUAUCUUGUACUCGGGCAUUUUGAAGAGAGACCUAAAUACUGACCGGAACUACGGCAUGAGGAAUUACCUCAGCCUAGCCAGUAUGCUCGAAAUAAUGUACUCACUCCAUAUAUAAUAUUCAGAUUCUAGAGAUGAAAAAUGUCCAUGGUAAAUAAUUCACUCGCGAAUACCGAAACAAUUAAAUCAUUUUAUUUCGAAUAAACAAUUCGAGUAAAUGUUCAAAAUAAUAACAUAAUAAAAAUAGGUAAAAGAAAAAAUAGCGAUCGAAUGAAACACGUUCUUAUUAUUCGAAUAUAUAUAACAUACUGAAGCUAGGUAUGUAACUUCCUAGCGUCAUAAGUCCUCAAUUUUCCAACCCACGAUUUUAACCUUGAAAAGGUUCAUCGAAUUUAUGCAAGUGUAAUUGCCUAACUAUUUUCAUUUAGGCAUCUUUACACUACACAGUCUUAGGGAGUUAUUCUAUUAAUCAUCGCUAGGGUGAUGAUUAAUUUAAUCAUCUCUAAGGCGAUGAAGGCAUAUUUCCUCAUAUCACGUGGCUAAAUUAACAAUUUAGUAUUUUCUGUUAAUUUCACGACUUGGUAAUUGGGACUGUCUUUUUUCCUUAUCCCAUGUAGAAAUGAGCUGAAGCAGCCUUUACUGCUUAUACCUAUCAAUUGUCAAGCCAGCUCUAUUAUUCAGCAUAACCUCAUCAAAGAGAACUAACCCCUUCAUUUGAGAAACAAUUUCUGGUUUUCAAAUUGCAUCAAUUUUAACACCUCCUAGCUGUAAAAACCCCAAGUUAACCACUUCAAUUAUUUGACUAAAAUCAAGGCUUGUAAGUUUUGAUUCUGAUUCAGGGGUUGUACCACUAGCUGCUGUAAUCUUUGCCACCUCAAUGAGAGUUUGGGAAAAUAGGUACAUAAGUGAAUAAUUUUAUCUAAUAUUAAAAAAUCAACUAUUUAAUAAAUUAUAUGAAGCGUUUUCAAAUUACUUAAAACAUUGUGAUACUUUAAUAUAUUUAAAAGAGAGUGAGAGAAUUACCCAAUGAAUUGUGAUAUUUUGUAUGUACCUACUUAUUUAAAUGAAAGUAAGAGUAGAAUACUUAAAUGAUUUUAAUGGAAACAUUGAACUAUUUUUGUAAAAUAUAUCAUUCGUUUUUGUGGCUA